UUUCUAAUACUAGUAUGUUAAUGGCAGUAAAGUUUUCUUUUUUAUUUUCUUUCUGAAUUCUGAUAAUCAGUCAUCUUCAUGAGAAAUUAAAAAAAGGGGUUGGGGGUGCCAACUAAGAGUUUGCCUUCCACCUCUUCCAUGACUUCCCUUUUACUGUUUGUAAGGCAUUUCCUCAUCACCUACCACUGAUAACUCCAUCCUUCCUUUCCUUUCUCUGUCAUAUUUCUAUGCUAAAAAAAUUGUCCACAAAAAAUAAAUCAUAUACAUUAUUACAAUUCUAUGUAUCUUUACUCUCUUUUGUAAAUUUACUACUUUUGUUGUUGUUAUCUGGUUUACUGUUGAGGGGGGCAGGUGGUGGUCUAAGAAAACACCAUCUCAGCUUAGAUUUGGACUUGAAUCUCUCAAUGCUGUGAAGAAUCAGAUACAAGAUUAUCUGUAGGGAUUGGUUAAUGAUGAUGGAGUUCUUGAGAUCUGGGCAUUGAAGAUUUGGUUUUGGGUAAUAUCUCAGGAAGGUCUCUUGACAUCCUAGAAUAUGGCUGGUAGUCUAAACGAUGAAUUAUCCAAAAAAACUGCUGUUUUCGGUCUCAAGGUCUGGCAAUUGAUCGGAAUUUUUGUUGGAAUUUUUAUUGUGGUAAUCCUCUUACUGUUGACAUUAUAUCUCACUUUACGGAGGAAGUCGAGAAGAGGUACAGACAAUCUCCCUGUCAGCCAAAUACCUUCAGUUUCUAAGGAAAUUAAAGAAGUUCGUGUUGAGCAAGUAUCAACAAAUGAUUUUUCUCCACGAGACGGAAUUCUUCUCACCAUUCAUGACAAAACCAGUGAUAAAGAAUCAGAUAAGGUUCUGGUUCAUCUUGGAAUGGGGAAAAAGAAUGGAGAUAACAGCAGUCAAUCAGGUUCCUUCCAUCAUGUUGACAAGGAAGGUUGUGGAUCGCAAUCAGGAGAAGAAGGGAGUUCAUGCAAAAGUGCAAUGUAUAAAGCUUAUAAUUCACAUCCAAUAACUGCUCCUUCUCCUCUAACCGGAUUACCUGAGUUUUCUCACUUGGGUUGGGGCCACUGGUUUACAUUGAGAGAUCUUGAGCUUGCAACAGGCCGGUUUUCAAAGGAGAAUAUUCUUGGUGAGGGUGGAUAUGGCAUUGUCUACCGGGGGAAUUUGAUUAAUGGAACACCUGUAGCUAUUAAGAAGCUCCUCAACAAUCUAGGCCAAGCUGAGAAAGAGUUCCAAGUGGAGGUUGAAGCCAUUGGCCACGUGCGUCACAAAAAUUUGGUCCGCCUUCUAGGAUACUGCAUUGAAGGAACUCACAGGAUGCUGGUUUACGAGUAUGUCAACAAUGGCAAUUUAGAACAGUGGCUUCAUGGAGCUAUGCGACACCACGGGUAUCUCACUUGGGAGGCUAGGAUGAAGGUUCUCCUUGGGACAGCUAAAGCUCUUGCGUAUUUGCAUGAGAAUAUUGAGCCCAAAGUUGUUCAUCGAGACAUAAAAUCAAGUAAUAUAUUGAUUGAUGAUGACUUCAAUGCGAAGGUCUCUGAUUUUGGUCUGGCCAAACUGCUUGGUGCUGGUAAAAGUCAUAUCACAACUCGAGUCAUGGGUACCUUUGGGUAUGUGGCUCCUGAAUAUGCAAAUACUGGUCUCUUGAAUGAAAAGAGUGAUGUUUAUAGCUUUGGGGUAGUGUUGUUAGAAUCGAUCACAGGAAGAGAUCCUGUGGACUAUGGCCGUCCUGCCCAAGAGGUGAAUCUUGUCGAUUGGUUGAAAAUGAUGGUUGGAAGCAGGCGCUCUGAGGAAGUAGUAGAUCCAAAUAUUGAAACAAGGCCACCAACAAGAGCUCUCAAAAGAGCCCUUCUGACUGCUCUGAGAUGUGUUGAUCCAGAUUCUGACAAGAGACCAAAGAUGAGCCAAGUUGUUCGUAUGCUUGAAUCAGAGGAAUAUCCCAUACCAAGAGAGGAUCGAAGGCAACGAAGAUCUCAAGCAGGUAACGGGGAGAGUGAUUCUCAAAACUACGACACUGACAAGAGUGACAACCCAGAUCCAAGGUCUGAAAGUAGAAGAAGCCAUCAAGUAUAACCAUCAAAGACACAUCUUUCUGGUCUUUCAUGAGAAGUGUGCCAUAACAAAGCUUUCAUUAUAAUGAAAGUCUACGGGAUCAAAUGAGUAGGAGGAUGAACUGUUUCUGCUGGUAUAUUGUUGGUCAGAAGAGAUUGACUACUUUUCUUCUCCCUUCAAGGGUUCUAUUCUUUCUUAAUAUCUUUUAUUUGUAUCUUGUUUUUUGGUUCUUUCCUUGUAUGAAAGUAGAUAGGGAGUAAAUUGUUGUGGACUUAAUGGUCUUGUAACUAAACUGGAAGCAAUCAGGGGCGGGGGCUUUGUGUACAGAAGAAUUUCUUGCUUCGCUAUUCAACAUUAUUCAAGUAGUAUUGUAAUUUAUUUUCUUCUAAAGUGAAUACCAUGGUUUAAAUUCUAGCAGAAACUAAA